AUGGAGUCGGAGCAGGGUGCGGGCAGAACAAUGCAUAAACACAACAACAACAGUGGGAACCAUAAAUGGCUGUUUCUCACCCCCAUGGUUAACAGCUGCAAGUUGCACCUUACAACUGUCAAAUCAUUAGCACCAGAGAAAGGCCAGAGGAUGGUGAGUCAUGGCCAGGACCACACAUCACUGACAGGUGGUGCUCCAAGUCUUUCUGCGCAUGAAGCUAGGGACAAAUCCAAGAGACCAACCCACAGUGCAGGGGGCUCAUGCUACCGUAAUUCCUUAAACCUUCAUAAACCAGCAGGUGGCUCUGGAGUACAUAAGUACAAUGCAGUUCCUGGUUCUCUCCUCACUCGUUUGCAAUGUGACAGUUUUGCAUCCAAUUUUCAACGAAUGGACUUCGACAGGCACAGUCUAGAAGAAUGCCCCCAGCUUGGCUUUAUGGAUGAACUGCAACUUCUCAACCUCCAACACAAUCUGAUCACAAGGAUCCAGCAUCUGUCACAUUUGCAACAGCUCGUUUUCCUGAACUUGUAUGACAAUCACAUCUCUGAAAUGACUGGCAUUGAAGCUCUAAGCUCUCUCAGGAUCCUUAUGCUGGGGAAGAACAGAAUCCACAAUAUAUGCUGCCUUGGAGGACUGUCCAAACUGAAUAUCCUGGAUUUGCAUGACAAUCAGAUCUGCAGAAUAGAAAACGUGUCACAUCUGAGCGAGCUGCGGGUGUUGAACCUGGCAGGAAACAGGAUCUCAAGAGUGGAAAACCUACAGGGCCUGGACUGUUUAAAUGAGCUCAACCUACGACACAACUGCAUCUCUAUUGUGACUGAGGUGGAACGCCUGCCCUGCUUGCAGCGCCUCUUUCUCAGCUGCAACAACAUCACCAGUUUUAAUCAGCUAGCCUGCCUCGGAGAGUCGUGCUCCCUUUCUGAGCUCACCCUGGAUGGGAAUCCUGUAGCCCUGGAGACAUGGUACAAGCAGGCCGUCCUGCGCUGUGUGCUUCAUCUGAGACAGCUGGACAUGAAGCGCAUCACAGACGAGGAUCGGCGCAUGGCUGGUGUGCAAGCUCGAAAAGAGGAGGAGAAGAAGAGGGAGAGUCACAAGCAGACCAUUCAUAAGGAGAAACGGCGUCUGGCAAUCCGUAAUGCAGCACAGCAGUGGGAGGGUGUCAGGGCCUGCCUGGAACUGCCACCAACAAACGGAGCUAAAGACGAUGUUAGUCCAGAAAACAGCCCUGCCCACACCCCUGCCCAGACCAACGGCCUUGUACAGGAGCCUUCUCCAGAUGAGCCUAGACGGGUAAGCCCAGGUUCUGGACCAGAAAGGCCACCAGGGGGAACAGAGAACAGACUCCGCACCAACAGCCGUCCAAACAGCCCACGAGAUCCUAAGCUUGUGGAGGCAGGGAGCGGCAGUGUUCAGAGUUUGUCGCUCUCUGACAAUCACCUGGCAGAGCUAGAUGGAGACACCCUGCGUUUAUUUGGCCUGGGAGCCCUGGAGGCCCUGGAGAGGGGCUGGGGAGUUCAGACUGCUGGUGCUGUCACUGUAAUAACCUUCCGCUACAUCAACUUUGACGCCAUUGUACCUACGCUGCCACGAAUAAGGGUCAAGUUCCCCAAUCUAUCGCACCUAAUCUUCUUGGAAACCAACAUCAGCCGUCUGCCCCAGCUGGCGGCCCUGGCUCAGGUGAGGCGUCUGGAUCAGCUGACCAUCCACCCCGAAGGUAACCUAGUGGUCAGCUUGGCUCUGUGGCGCUCCUUUGUCAUCUACCGCCUCCACCACCUCAACCUGCAGAGGAUCAAUGGCCAAGAGGUAACCAUGAAUGAUGUGAUUGCUGCAGAGCGUGUGUUUGGGACGUUGGGUCACAUAGCAGCCACUGAAACUCCACGUUGCCGGCUCCUUCUGCUGCUAGAGGAGUCCAGGAAGCGUCAGCUGCAAUUCCUAUUGGAGGGGCGUGGCCGGCGGGCAGGACUGAGUCCGGAGGAGCUGCGAGACAACGGGAAGCUCCUAGGAGAAGGCCUGAGCAGAGCGUUGUUCAACUAUCCAAGCCGAGACUGCAGUGCAGAGAGCCCCGAAGAGGGCACUGUGGAGUCAUCAGAGCGUGCUGCCAUGAUACAGCAGUACCUCCAGGAGUUGGUCCAAAGGGCCUCAGACACCAAUCUGAAGGGCGAGGCUCUUCACAAGCUCUGGCCCUCCAUGUUUGCAGAGAUGGUGAGGGACUGUGUGUUUGAGAUGAGGGACCGAACGGCCUUCCGCCAAGCCAGCCUUGCAAAGCUCUCCGAGACCAAGUGA